AAGACUCACAAGCGAGAUCAACUUCCUGAUGGUAAUCCUUUGUGAAAAGUGCAUAAUAGGUGUGGUAAAAGUUAAACAACCAAAUUCUAUCAAGGAAGGCAACUCAGCAGCAAAAAAGGAAUGUGCGUAUAAAAAGUAGCGACAAUCGUUAUAAAAACAAUAACGAAAAACACUAUAACUAAGAACACUCUCCUAUCACAUGAAUUAAUCCAGUGGCGUACUGAAAAUCAACUAAGUUGACCUGAAUAAAUAUUAACCAUAACUUACAAUGGUCAACUUCAAAUGCUGCAAAACCAAACCCGUUCCUUCAUAUUACAUCUGUACGAUAUGCUUCCACAUUUUUCAUAAAGCAUGUGUACAGAGAAACAAAAACAAUUUUAAAUUCUUGAAGGAUCAUCAAAUUAUAUGCUGUGAUGAUACGUUAAAAAAACAACA